UGAGGUUAUAUUUAUACGUGAAUAUUUUCAGUUUAAGUAUCGUCGUUUAAUACAAUUUACCUGCGUGGAAAACACACAUAUUUUUACUUAAAUAAUUUUUAUCAUAUUUACUUAACACUGAGUGUUUUGUGAGACAAUAAUUUUCUUCUGUAUCAGUUCAUCUAUUAAGCUAUCAAGAUUGCUAACAAAAUGCGACGUUCCCAUUCAGGAGGUUAUGGCUAUGAGCCAUUACCAAGUACAUCUCACAAUACUAUGGAAGACGAGAAUGAAAGGAUGACUGAAGAACUAAAGGAUAAAAUUCAUGCUUUAAAAUCGUUAUCUAUUGACAUUGGUACGGAAGUCAAAUACCAAGAUAAAAUGCUAAAAGGCAUGGAUGACGAUUUCGACAGAACAAGUGGUUCCUUAUCUGGUUCUGUAGCACGUGUUUUGCGUUUAGCAAAGGCAGGCCACAAUUAUUAUAUUAUAUAUUUAUUUCUUUUUUCUAUAGCAGUAUUUUUUGUAUUGUGGAUAAUUUUAAAGUUUAAAUGAUGGUACAUAAGGAGUGUAUAUCAAUUGCACACGAGUCGAUUGCGCAGAAGCCAAUUACUGCGCUAGAAAAAAAAACACGCAGAAGCCUUGUGAUUGACAGUGAGCAAUUGUUACAGUGUGCAAGUGAAUCACUCCCAUAUAUAAGAUCUAUAGCUAAGAUGAGAGAGAAUGAUAUGUAUAUAAAACGUAAUUAGGAUAAAAGUAGUUAGGUUGAUUAAGUUAUUCAACUAUCUUGAAUCUUUUGCAUUAUUUCAUCAUGUAGGAAACUUUACUCUUAUUUUAUAAAAUAACAUAUACACAUUGUUA